GGCGAUGUCAAGCUGUCGCCUGUCAGGCCGCCGCGCAGGCGCAGAGCCGAUCUGUCAGUCUUCCUCGAAGUCACGCACGCGCACUGGCCUGUUUGUUUAUUAUUAGUGCGCGGAGGGAAGAUGGCGGCGUCCUCCCUGGAACAGAAACUCUCUCGUCUGGAGGCCAAGCUGAAGCAGGAGAACCGGGAGGCCAGGAGGAGGAUCGAGCUGGAGAUCAGCCCGCAGCGUGCACGGCCUAUUAUUCUCAUCACUCUAAGCCCCACGCCCGCUCCAUCCCAGCGAGCAGCGUUACAACUUCCUCUUGCCAAUGAUGGACACAGCCGCUCCGACAGCUCCGCACAUCAUCACCCGUCACUACCUGUCCGGCCACGGCACAUGUUGAACCUGCCACAAACCAACUACUUGACGCAGCGGAGCUUGGAGAGUACUGAAAUUGACCAGAAGCUGCAAGAAAUUAUUAAGCAGACUGGAUACCUGUUAAUUGAUGGACAGAAAUACCAGGCAGAUAUAAAUGACUUA